AUGGCCCCUCCAAAGAUCAAGAUGGGGAACGUUACGGUUAAUGAUGCGCUGGAUUUGAUCGAUGGGGGUAACAUUAAAGAGCGGACCUCGGGCUUGGAUGACCUGAUAUACCUCCUAGACAAAAAAGGCAAGACGUCUAGCUUAUCCGAUCUUCGUGAUAGGCACUACCACCACAUACUUGAGAGUCUAUUCAAAUGUGCAAUCAAUGAAAAGAAGAGCUAUACCGGCAACAAGCGGACGACGGCUGCGGUGGGAAGUAGACUGGGCAAAUGCGCCGAAGCCCUUCGGCUUGCUGUCGGCCAUGGAGCUUCUGCCGGCAAGCUCAAGAGGAAGACGAUGCUUGCUCUCAUUGACCAUGUCACCCAAACCCUGCCCUGUCCAACUGGAUCCGAAGACGGGCCAUACGUGGAGCCAUUGUUGAAAGACUAUGUCAAAACCAUCCUCGCCCUGCUAUCCCAUCAGUCAAAUGUCGAGUAUCUUGUUACACUUGAUGCUACCGGGUGGAAGACCUGUAUCGAUUUCUGCGUCGAUGCCGUGCGGGUAUAUCUCGACAAUGCAGAUCGAGACUCUGGCUCACGGGGAUCUCCAGCACCGGGCACGGCAUCUUUGGGCUUCUCUACUGGGAGAAGCACCAAUGCCAGCCAAAGGACGCCGGGUCAAAUCCAUCGCGGCACCAUACAGGACCUUGUUCAUUGUAUCCACCUCCUCGUCCGCCCGCCAAACGCGCCACUUCACGAAAGAUAUAGCGUUCUAUCCGAGACUAUCAUUCAAGUACUGCAGCUGCGCCACCUUGGGUUGAGCCAAGUGAUUCAGCUGAGCUUUGCUUCCAUCAACAAAAUCUUUGUCGAGAUUCAAGCAAAUGACAUUUCUCAGGCUGCCAACUUGGCCAGAGACCUUGUGCCAUUGAUCAGUCACUGGUGGCAGGCGCGAACAGUGUCUCAGGAUGAGAUGCUUAAUUCAAUCCGGGACGAGAUGCUCAAAACGAUGUUGAUCGUCCACCUCCACCUUGAGAGUCUUGUAUGCCUCGAUGGUGAUGAUACAGCCCGCAACGAGCUGAAAGGACUCGCCGAUUCCCUAUGGCUGGAGUACUCGCGACGCAGUAAACAUUCACAGCUUCAACUCGACGAUCUCACAUUUGUUCCCCAAAGGUUGCCCGAGGACUAUUUCACACUAGAGCUCUUCGGCCUUCGUAUACACAACCAGGAGGGGGAGAGAAGAUGGGCUUUGUGUCAGAACCUCGCCAUCUUGGAGCGGAUCAUUUGGAAGAGCCGCAAACAGGAUAACUUACAGUCGUCAGAGGAGCAACCGCGCAAAAAGCGUAAGACUUAUGUUGCGGCGACGCGUUUACAGGAAAAGCUGCAGUCGCCCAGCUCGGCGGUCCGGAUAAUCGCCUUGCAGCUCGUGCCUUUUCUCCUCGAACUAAAGACUUUCUCUGCAGUUGAAGUGUCGGAUCUUGUUAUUGAUCUUGCCGGCCUGGUAGGCGAUAAGGACUCCACGGUAGUAUCAUGGGCUAUGCUCGCUUGUUCCGGGACGCGAAGCUCCGCAAUGUCACAGGUCAAGUCGGCCGAUAACUCAGACUCAUGGAGACAGCUAUGGCAAGUAGCUUCUCGUGCAGUCGGUCUUCCCAGUGCCAGUCGUGCCGCCAGCGUACUCUUGCACACUAUCCUUGAAAGAAAUCUUGUACUUUAUCACGAUGUUUCCGAUGACAUCAACAGCAUUGUCACGACUGCCGAUGUCAACGGUCCAGCACUUCUGGUGGACUCUUCCAUCACACUUAUGUUUCAUCUGCGGUCCCUAAGAAACGUCAAGCUGCCCAACGCAAGUCAGUCCACAAAUCACCAUGUCAUUCGAUGGAUCUUCCGGAUAUGGAAUCCAGCCGACUGGGGCUAUGCUCGCGACUACUCUACCCACGCUCCGAUUCCUGAACUUGCCAACCUGAUUCGGGCUUGCUGCGGCGCACGACUUUUGGCCUCGACACCUUUGACAGUGUCCGGAGGUUCCAUUUGCCAGGUCUGGAAGGCACAGUGGCACACGGCAGUCUUAACACGUUACCUCCUUCUUCUUGACGCACCACCAUCAUCGAAGUCGCGCACCCUCCCAAGCUCUAGUCAGAGCACUUCCGAAUCAAUUCAGGUCAACGAUGCCUCUUUUCAUGCCUCAAAGAGACUAGUAUUGGAGCUCCUAUUCCCAAAGGUCGAGGAAUUACAAGAUCUCUGUGAUUCGUGGGCGAGAAAGGGGUCGGAGGGAGGCGCACUCAUGUCGCCAGACCGACUCCACAGCCUCUUCUCUGCAAAUAUCAUAGGCAUCCUCCUUGCUACCCAGCUUGUCGACUUGAACUCGGGCCAGUCACGAGACAUCGAGUCUACGUUGGCCAAGCUUUCCGAGGCCAGCAUUAGUGCUGCUUCGAACUCGAGUGACAACCUAGUUUUCCAAGUUUUGUUGAGAACAAUACGACCAGUGCUUCCGUCACUUAACACAGGGGGCAUCAAUAGUCUUGAAGACAAUGCUCCACUGGCGAGGUUGGUCUCGAUACUGGCAGCAAGCGUGGAAGAGAGAUCUUUGCGACAAUCCUCGGGACAGGAUCAAGAUCUUAUGGAAGUGGACGAUGAUUUCGACUCGCAGGAAAGCAGGGUCAGCGUUACGCCAUCUGAGGUUCCUCGCUCGAGCAUUUCCAUGAGUCUAGAUGGGGAAGCAUUCUUACAUGAAACUAUCCAACGUCUAUACCAUUGUGCGUCGAUGCACAAAGAUGAUGGGAAGGUGUUCAUGAAGCAUCUAUUGUCGCUCCCUGACAAGGAGUUCCUGUUAUGUAUCACCUUCACCUCAGAGCUUUUCGAGUCUGACUUGCCAAUCAGUGCGGAAGAUGCGAUGGGUGUCAUUGAGAAAAUAGGCGACAUUAUUGGCGAGCCCGAAUACUCCUACUGCGAAGUAGUUCACUCAGUCAGCUUGAGGAUUCUGCAAAGCCUCAUGCCGGUCUGGACAGACGACAAACAACCCAUGGCCAAAAUGGUCGGCGACUUGUACCAUCACUUUGUCAGCAAAUAUCUGCCAAGCAACAGCCUUUCCCCAGUGUCGCAGAUGUCUCUCUCGAGCCUGCUGCUUGCCCUUCUGAGGACCAGCCCACAGUAUGGCAGCAAUCUUCGCCUAGACUCUUGUCAAAGGACUUUACUGUCAAUCAUGCAAAACGGCACGCUGCCCGUCAAGUUUUUCAUUGGGUCCGCUUUGCCGGAUGUAUUCGGCAUCUACGUACUUAAGAUGCAUGACAAAGUCUUCCUUGACGUUCUGGAAAGUCUUCCUACCAAUCCUCAAGACCUCGAAGGUAUCGCGUUCCGUCUCUUCGUGCUGUCUCAACUUGCAUGCCGCUGGCCAACCCUGCUUAGGAGAUGCACUUAUCACAUCUUCGAGACGCCGGGGAAAAUCAUGCUGUCCACUCAGUAUGCCAAGCGGUGUCUAGAGACGGUUUCGGAAGCCCUCCAUCUGUCCUCUCCUCAAGAGUUAUUCAGAAUAUUUAGCCCUCAGCUGCUAUACACAUGGCUCGCGCCCCUCGACGACGACGACAACGCCGCCGCCAUCAACAACAUCGAGGACAUCCCAUAUGAGGUUUUCGGCUUCCCAACUCUUGACGCCCUUCUACAAGAAGCACAGGUCGAGACGACAGCGUUAGAGAUAAUGCGACGUCGCUUCGACAGCGUCCAGUCUCUUUCCGAGCGACUGAGUAUCUCCCUAGCCGAUAUGGUGAAACAAGGGUUCACAAAGAUCAUGGCAUACGCGAUUGCACAUGAGCUCAGUACGCCUAGCUCUAAAGGCGAAAGUGGUGAGACAUGGGUUCGGAAACUUUUGGGCAAAGAGCCAUUCCUCGACCAGAUUUACUUGAACUUUGCCGACAUUGUUGCUCUGUUGCUGGAUCUUUUCGACCAAGAAGACAUCAUUGAGAAGUAUCUCUCAAGAGACAAGAGUUUCGAAUACGCCUCUGAGACAUUGAACGAGAUGAAGACAUUCUCUCAGUCAACAAUCCCCUUGCCGCCGAACCAACAACCCAUGUUCAAGGCUAAGUUUCUCACCAGAGAGCUGUACCAUUUGUGUCGCCAGACGGAGUACGAGCUACAAGAGCUAUGGACACCGGCUUUGGUGGUGUCGGUCGCCCGAAGGCUUUUCAAUACAGUCCAUCCUGCCUUGGGCUCGUUCCACGCCUGCUCCGUGCUGCGCAAGGUUAGAGUUGUGAUUGCUCUCGCUGGCCCCGUUGCGCUGGAGGCUUAUCCUCUGGAAAUGCUGCUUUCAUCAGUUCGGCCGUUCAUUGUUGACUCGGAAUGCGCCGACGACGCACUUGGUGUGAGUCGAUAUCUCGUCACCAAAGGGGCCUACCAUCUCGGGCAAACCCCAUCAUUUCUCGCUGGCUACGCCUUGUCUACUCUGGCAUCUCUCAGGGUUUUCCUCGAGUCCAGUCAGUCAAGUACAACCCAAGAAAGUCAGUUCAAGGCGACCAUGAGUAAAGCCCAGACUUUCCACUCAUGGUUCAGUUCCUAUCUCACAGGCUACGACUCGACCAACUUUGCUGAUGAGCAGCAACGGGAGGCAUUCCGCUUGAUUACCCAGUCUGCGUCCAAAAUUCGAUCCUCAGGGAACGCCGAGAAGGGCACUCACGAGAGCACCCUGCUGAUGGAGAUUCUCAAGGAUGGCGAACGCGAGUCGAAGCUCCUGAACGAGGCAGCUCGUGAUCUAGCACUUGGGUUAUUGUGUGGAGACUUCGCUGUGCCCACGACGGGUCGUCAAGAUGUCAUUUCCGACGACAACGAUGCCCUGCGCCACACCGGACUUGUGUGGAAGAGCUGCAAUGCGUUAGCUCUCAGCGACGAGUACCUCGCCUGGGCAGGCCGCGUUGUUGGCAGAUCUUUCGCCGCUUCGGGAGAAAUCCAAUCCGAGCUGUUGGAAGAGUCCAAGUUAUCGCAGUACAACAGGAUUGCACCAGGAGCUAAUGACUCCGAGAAGGGACUGCUUAAUCUACUGCAACAACUCACUCAAAGCAAGGAAUCUGCUAUCGGGGGCUUGGCCGAAUCGGCGUUGAGGGCAGUCGUCUCAGAAGCAGCAGCACAGGAAGAUGUGGCGCUAGUCUCUGCCACCCAGCAGACCUUGAUUGAAUCCUUGUACUUGGCCUCCGCCUGGGCUCAAUAUCGCACGCCUCCUUCCGAUUUUGUCCUGUCUCCGAUUGUUCCUGAUUCACAGGUCUUCUUCCGGGAUCAUGUAGAGAGUUCCGAUUGGGUUCAGCAGCUCGCCGUCUACCUUGCGCAGUCGGUUUCCGAGUAUAUCAUCCUAAGCGCGCUGGUACCAAUUCUCAAGAACGUCAAAGGUUUCGCCCAAGACGCCUUUCCUUUCAUCGUUCACCUGGCCUUAUAUAGUCAACUGGAUAAGCAGCCCCACAUCAAGCGCGACUUGUCGCAAGCCGCCAAGGAGUGGCUUAAAAUCGAAGAUGAUGCUGCGCGGACAAACCAGAAGCAGCUCAUCGACACAAUCUUAUACCUCAGAACACAGUCCAUUCCUCAGGAGACAUCCAUCGCGGACCGGGCGUUGUGGCUCGAUGUCGACUUCGCUGCCGCUGCCGCUGCCGCCUCGCGUUGCGGUAUGUAUAAGACCGCCUUACUGUUUACUGAGGUAGCCGCCUCUCAGACGGUUCGCUCGUCUAGGAGAUCAUCUGCAAUCCGUGAGGAGGAGUCUACUGAAGUCCUUCUUUCGAUUUUUGAGAACAUUGACGAUCCCGAUGCCUACUAUGGACUCCCACAGUCCGCUGAUUUGUCGAGUGUACUGGCUCGAUUAGAGUACGAGAAGGACGGCUCCAAGAACUUGGCCUUCCGAGGAGCCCAAUACGAUAGUCACAUUCGGAGAAGAAAUCCCGCAUCACAGAUUGAUAGCCAGUGUCUUGUCAGAGCUCUUGGCACUUUGGGUCUGGCGGGUCUCUCCCAUUCCUUGUUGCAGACGCAACAGAGCCACGACGGAGAUGAAGCAUCUUUGGAGAACACUUUCCAGACAGCACGCCGACUAGAGCUGUGGAAUCUCCCUGUCCCAACAACCGCCGAUAAUUGUGCCGCAACCAUCUACAAGGCGUAUCAAAAUGUCCAACAAGCCACCGACACGCUUUCUGUGCGCAAUGCCAUCUAUGCCGGCUUCAGCCAGACUAUGCGGAGUCUUGUCAGUCGUGGUUUGAAUGCAGCCAAACUUCGGCAGCAUCUCGGCGCCCUUGCAGUCUUAACUGAGCUUGACGACGUUGCCAACGUGGCUGACUUUUCUGAGCUGGAGGGUAUGCUCGGCAAGUUCGAACGACGUGGCCAGUGGAUGAGACGCGGAAGGUACGAGGAUGUCAGCCACCUGCUUUCUUGCAGAGAGACAUCAUUAAGCUUGAUCAGCCAGAAGCCCAGGCUCCGUGCCCCGGCUUUAUCAACAGCCGAAGCCAGGCAAAUUGAGAUCAGGUGCAUGCUGAUGUCCUCGGGCAUAUACCGCUUCCAUCAAGCAACACAAGAGUGUCUGAAUCUCUCUACGUCACUUGUGGACCUGAUCGGACCAUGCGACGAACUAGGUAUCAGGGUUGACGCCGCCAUCAAAAUUGAGACAGCCAAUUCAUUAUGGGACCACGGUGAAAUGAUCCACUCCAUCCGCAUGUUACAAAGUAUCAAUAGCGACUCGUCCCUCAAGAAACAGACGAUUCCAGUCAGCCACUCAGACCUCCUGUCGAAAAUUGGUCACCAGGUGUCGGUGGCCAAAUUGGAGAAACCUCAUCACAUCCAGAAAAAUUACCUCGAACCCGCUCUCAAAGACCUUAAAGGGAACACUCAGGGACAGCAAGCUGGGAAUGUCUACCAUCAGUUCGCCAUGUUCUGUGAUGAGCAGUUGCAAGACCAAGACAACCUGAAGGAUCUAGCUAGGCUGCAGAGCCUGCGGAAGGGCAAGAGUGACGAAGUCUCUCAGCUUCAGGAUCUCAUAUCGAGCACUCGCGAUGCCCAUCUCAAAGAAAGGUAUAAGAAUCACCUGGGAAAGGCCAAUAAAUGGCUAUCACUGGACGAGCAAGAACUCCGCCGCGUGGAGCAGACGAGAAGUGAAUUUGUGCGGCUCAGUCUGGAAAACUAUCUCCUUUCACUUGCUGCCUCUGACGAGCACAAUAAUGACGCGUUACGAUUCACGGCUCUCUGGCUGGAGCGUUCUGAGGAGUCAGCGACUAAUGAGGCCGUCAAAAAACACCUUGACAAGGCGCCCACGAGAAAGUUUGCAACGCUGAUGAACCAGCUCUCUUCUAGACUGCAGGAUCAGCCGAGCUCGCCUUUCCAGAAGCUCCUGAUUCAGCUCGUCUACAAAAUCUGUCUGCAGCAUCCAUACCAUGGGAUGUACCAGAUCUGGUCAGGCUCAAAGGUCAAGAUCCGGAAGGAGGAUCAAGUGGCAGUGCUCAGACUCAAAGCCACGGAGAAGGUGGCUUCGCUGCUGCAGUCUACCAGAUCUGUCGCGGACAUCUGGCAAGCGAUCGACAGGACGAGCGCUUACUACCAUCGCCUAGCUGUUGACCGAGAUUCGAACAAGUUUAAGGCUGGACAAAAGAUGGCGCUCAAGGACGUCCACUCGGCGCAAUCGCUUCAAAAUGCGCUGGCCAAGUACAAGAUCCCUCCCCCGACUAUGCAGCUCGAAGUAUCAGCGACUAUGGACUACUCGGAUGUGCCCGUCAUCUCAAAACUGGACCCACAGAUGUCGAUCGCAUCUGGAGUCAGCGCACCAAAGAUCAUUACGGCAGUCGGGAGUGAUGGCAAGAAAUACCGACAACUUGUUAAGGGCGGCAACGACGAUCUCCGUCAAGACGCCAUCAUGGAGCAGGUCUUCGCGGCUGUGUCGGAUCUUCUUAAACUACAUCGCUCGGCACAGCAGAGAAACCUCGGGAUCCGCACGUACAAGGUCCUUCCUCUCACAUCGGCAUCUGGGCUGAUCGAGUUCGUCCCUAAUACUAUUCCCUUGCACGAGUAUCUUAUGCCAGCCCACGAGAGGUACUUUCCCAAAGAUCUCAAGGGCUCUCAAUGUAGGAAAGAGAUCUCAAACGCGCAGGGUAAGACCGUCGAGGCUCGGAUUACCGCCUAUCGAAAAGUCAUGGACAAGUUCCAUCCCGUGAUGAAGUACUUCUUCAUGGAGAACUUUGUCGAUCCUGACGAUUGGUUUGUCAAGCGCCUCGCAUACACACGUACAACUGCAGCUAUUUCAAUGCUUGGCCAUGUUCUCGGUCUCGGCGACAGGCACGGCCACAACAUUCUGCUGGAUAGCAAGACGGGUGAGGUCGUGCAUAUCGACCUGGGUGUCGCAUUUGAGAUGGGACGCAUCCUUCCUGUGCCAGAGCUCGUCCCGUUCCGGCUGACACGAGACAUUGUGGACGGGAUGGGUAGUACUGGAACCGAGGGCGUCUUCCGGCGCUGCUGCGAGUUCACACUACAUGCCUUGCGUGAGGAGACAUACUCGAUCAUGACGAUACUCGACGUCCUUCGUUACGAUCCUUUGUACUCAUGGUCCAUUUCUCCCGUCCGCCUGGCAAAACUACAGGGAGGUGAAUUUAGCACGGACGGCGACGAAGGUGAUGAAGACGGUAGGAAGGGCAAGAAAGGGCAGCAGGUUAAUGAGCCGUCGGAGGCCGACCGGGCUUUGGAGGUGGUUCGGAAGAAGCUGUCAAAGACGUUGAGCGUAACAGCGACGGUCAACGACCUGAUAAACCAAGCGACCGACUUGAGUAACCUUGCCGUUCUCUACUCGGGAUGGGCAGCGUAUGCAUAG